AUGACGGUGGAUGUUGAACCAAACAACAUUGACGAGGCUCUCAAGAAGAAGGUGUGGGUGAAGGCCAAGAAGGAAGAACUUAAGGCGGUUGAAGAAAAUAAUACAUGGGAAUUGACUGUCUUGCUAAAGAACAAGAAAGCCAUCAGUAUGACAUGGACUUUCAAGAUAAAGUUGAAGCCAUAUUGGUCAAUUGCCAAGCAUAAAACAAGGUUAGUAGCUAGAGGAUUUAUACAAAAAUCUGGUUUAGACUACUUUAAAGUGUUUGCAUCUGUAGCUAGACGUAAAAUAAUAAGGUUGGUGAUUGCUAUAGCUGCAAAUCGGAAUUGGCCUAUGCUACCUUUAGAUGUAAAAUCUGCAAUUCUGAAUGAUCCAUUGCAAUAA